AUGUCGUUCGGUUUGAAAAACGCAGGCGCCACUUACCAAAGACUAAUAGGGGAUAUGUUCGAAGACAAGAUCCAUGACAUCAUCGAGGUGUAUGUCGAUGACAUGUUGGUAAAGAGCCGACUGGCAAAAAACCACCUCCGAGACCUCCGAGAGACCUUUCAAACAAUGAAGAAGUUUAAAAUGAAAGUGAAUCCAGCAAAGUGCGACUUCUGGGUCACAUCGGGUAAAUUCCUAGGAUAUAUCAUCACGCCCAAGGGGAUAGAGGACGAUCUCAACAAGGUAAGGGACAUUCUCGAAAUUCCCUCACCGGUGACAGUAAAAGACGUGCAAAAAUUAAACGGAAGCUUGGAAGCGUUGGGGCGAUUCGUAUCCCAGUCGUCGGACAUAUGUAAAAACUUCUUUGGUACACUUAAGAAGGGCGAGAAAUUCAGAUGGACAAACGAGUGUGAGGAGUCCUUUCAAAACAUCAAAAUACACCUGGCAAGCCUCCUUGUGUUGCAGAGGCACGAGUCCAACGAAGUCCUUACCCUAUAUCUAGGGGCAACAUCAUAUGCCAUCAGUGCAGUUUUGGUUAGGAACGAGGGAAAGGAAGAAAAGCCUUUUUACUUCAUCAACAAGACACUAAGCCCGGCCGAAAAGAACUGUACCCGAAUCGAGCAAAUGAUUUUAGCAUUAACGUUCGCAACUCAGAAGCUAAUAACUUAUUUUCAGGCCCACCGGAUUCGGGUAUUAACGAAGUCGCCAAUUGAAGCAGUGCUGGACAAUGCGGGGCGAUCUGGAAGGAUAUCCAAAUGGGGAGCUCAAAUCAAGCAGUUUAACAUCAUCUAUAAAAUGCGAACGGCCAUAAAGGCUCAAGUGUUAGCAGAUUUUUUAGCCGACUUUCCACUAAGCGAUGAGGACGAAGUGGAGGAUAUACCGGGCAUGGAGGAGGACCGAGAAGAUCCGGCCGAUCUUCUGGAAAUAAGUAUCCCGACACGAUGGGAGGUAUUUGUCGAUUGGGUAUCUAAUAAAGAUAUAUCGGGCCUGGGGUUAGUCUUUACAACACUAAAAGAGAAGAAGAUCGUCCACUCAUUCAGAUUGCAGUUCAAGGCGACGAAUAAUGUUACCGAAUACGAGGGCGUAAUCCAUGCCCUAAGGUUACUCGUAGAAAUGGAGAUACAAGAUGUCAGACUAACUAGCGACUUACAACUGGUGAUUCGCCAAAUAAUUGGCAUGUAUGCUACUCACGAUCCGGUUUUACAAAGAUCCAAGUGUCGGUGGCGUUCGUGUAAUGAGGAUCCUUACGCCCUCUAUUCUAGAAGUACCAGAGGGAAAGCUUAUGUGGCAGUCAACACAGCCGAUAGAUACAAGGAAGGCGACUGGCGUAAACCGAUUCAUUUGUACUUAGAAACAGGCGAGCUACCUAAAUGCCGACCCGAGAUAAAUAAAAUCAAGAGUAAAUCGGCCGCCUAUGAAUUGAGGGAUGACAUUCCAUACAUAAAAUCCUAUUUAGGGCCGCUCCUGAGGUGCUUGAGUAAAAAAAAGGGGCAGUCGAUCUUGAAUGAACUACACUAUGGUGAGGCAGGGAAUCAUAGCUCUGGUCAGAGUUUGUCGGCAAGGGAAAAAACGAUGGGUUACUUCUGGCCUUAUAUGAAUGAUGACGCGAAGCAGAUGGCCCUAAUUUGCGAGGAAUUCCAAAGGUUUGGAAAGAAAAUAUGCUCGCCGAAAGUGUCCCUGAACUCGGUGAUAAGUCCCUGGCCCUUCGCCAAGCGGGGGAUCGAUAUUUUAGGAUCAUUGCAUGUCGGGCCAGAGCAGAGAAAGUACUUAAUUGUUUCCACAGACUAUUUUACCAAGUGGGUAGAAGCUGCACCUUUAAAGCACAUCCGGGACAAGGACGUCUUCAGGUUCAUUUGGAAGCAUAUCAUAUGCCGUUUUGGUGUACAAGCAGCAAUCGUCUCGGACAACGGAAAGCAGCUACAGGGGAAAAAUAUUGACUUGUUAUUUAACACUUCUAACAUUCGGAAGAGCAAAGCUGCCCCCAUUUAUCCUCAGAGUAAUAGACAAGACGAGAUUACAAACAAAACCAUUGCCGACAACUUAAAGAAAAAGUUGGACAGAGAGUAUGGGGAGUGGUGUGAAGAGAUUUACAAUGUCCUAUGGGGUUAUAUGACCACUCGAAGGGAGGCAACUGGACUAUCGACUUUCAUGCUCACUUAUGGAACAGAAGCCAUAUUACCAACCGAGGCGAUGAUACCCACUACAAGAACCGAGGCAUGGAGACGAAACAUCUCAGCCGACCUAAUCUUGGCCAAGCUUGAUGACCUGGAGGAAACACGAUAA